AUGCGACGUGCCAUCAUCCAGUUCUCCCUGACCACUCAGUCUGCCAUGAAGAAGAUAGGAAAAAACAACACACUUGGGUUCAUUGUGGAUGUCAAAGCCAACAAGCACCAGGUCAAACAGGCUGUAAAGAAGCUCUACAUUGAUGACAUUCAUUGUGGGUCAGAGGUGGGCCCUGAGACCCUGUCCAAUCAGGGAUGCUUCAAUAUAAACUGUCCAAUCAGAUGCACAGCCAGAAAAAAGGAGGCGGCUCCCUGCAUCAGGGAGCAUUUGUCUCCGGUGCUGGGCUAUUAUGAUCUGGGGUCCCCUCUUCAGCUGUUGCAUCUCCUGGAGAUUCCAGGUGUCUCUGCAGCAGCUUCUGUUACCCUGGGACCUACAGGUACUGGGAGAUCUGUAGGGAGGAUAUCGAGAGAUCCCAGAAGCAGAGAAAUGGGACUGUUGACAUUCAAAGACGUAUCUAUAGAAUUCUCUAUGGAUGAGUGGGCCUGCCUGGACCCUGCUCAGCAGACUUUGUAUCGGGAUGUCAUGUUAGAGAACUACAGAAACCUGGUCUUCCUGGGUCUUGCUGUCUCUAAGCCAGACCUCAUCAACUGUCUGGAGCAAAGUAAACAACCCUGGAAGGUGAAGACACACCAGACAGUAGUCAAGCACCCAGCUAUAUCUAAUCAUUCUACCCAAGACCAUUUGCAAGAGCUGGGCACAAAUAUUUUAUUACCAGAGAUGAUCCUGAGAAGAUAUCAAAGCUGUGGCCCUGAGAAUUUAAACUUAACAAAACGCUGGGAAAGUAUGUCUGAGUGUGAGCAGCAGAAAGUAUGUUCCAGUGCACUUAACCAAUGUUUGACAGCUACCAAUGGCAAACUCUUUCAAUGUAGUAAAUGUUUGAAAGUCUUCAGACAAUUGGCAAACCUAAAUAAACAUAAGACAAUAUAUACAAUAGAGAAAACUUUUAAAUGUAAAAAGUAUGGGAAAGCCUCUAACGUAAACUCACACAUUACUAAACAUAAGAAAAUUCAUAUUGGAGAAAAACAGUACAAAGGUAAAGAAGGUAGCAAAGUCUUCAAAUCUUUCUCAAGCCUGUCUAAGCCUAAGAGUCUUCAUACUGGAGAAAAACUCUACAAGUGUAAAAAUUAUGGCAAAUGUCUUAGCCACAGAUCAAAAUAUUAUAACCAUAAGAGUAUUAACAUAGGAGUAAAACCCUACAAUGAUACAGACUGUGAAAAACUUACCAACCAGUACUCACACCUUUCUGGACAUAAAAGAAUUUAUUCUGGAGAGAAACCCUACAAAUGUCAAGAAUGUGGCAAAGCCUUUAACCAGUACUCAAUUCUUUCUAGGCAUCAAAGAAUUCAUUCUGGAGAGAAACCUUAUAAAUGUCAGCAAUGUGGCAAAGCCUUUAACCAGUACUCAAUCCUUUCUAGGCAUCAAAGAAUUCAUUCUGGAGAGAAACCCCACAAAUGUCAAGAAUGUGGCAAAGCCUUUAGCUUGUACUCACACCUUUCUAGACAUCAAAGAAUUCAUUCUGGAGAGAAACCAUACAAAUGUCAACAAUGUGGCAAAGCCUUUAACCUUAGUACAGCCCUUACGGAACAUCAAAGAAUUCAUUCUGGAGAGAAACCCCACAAAUGUCAAGAAUGUGGCAAAGCCUUUAACCGGGUCUCACACCUUUCAAGACAUAAAAGAAUUCAUUCUGGAGAGAAACCCUACAAAUGUCAAGAAUGUGGCAAAGCCUUUAGCCAGUACUCACACCUUUCUAGACAUAAAAAAAUUCAUUCUGGAGAGAAACCAUACAAAUGUCAACAAUGUGGCAAAGCCUUUAAUUGUAGUUCAACCCUUACUCUACAUCAGAGAAUUCAUUCUGGAGAGAAAUCCUACAAAUGUCAAGAAUGUGGCAAAGCCUUUACCCGGAACUCACACCUUUCUAGACAUCAAAGAAUCCAUUCUGGAGAGAAACCCUACAAAUGUCAAGAAUGUGGCAAAGCCUUUAAACAUAACUCACAACUUUCUAUACAUCAAAUAAGUCAUUCUGGAGAGAAACCCUACAAAUGUCAAGAAUGUGGCAAAGCCUUUAAACAUAACUCACAACUUUCUAUACAUCAAAUAAUUCAUUCUGGAGAGAAACCCUACAAAUGUCAAGAAUGUGGAAAAGCCUUUAAACGGUACUCAACCCUUUCUGUACAUCAAAAAAUUCAUUCUGGAGAGAAACCCUACAAGUGUCAAGAAUGUGGCAAAGGCUUUAACUGGUACUCCACCCUUUUUGGACAUCAAAGAAUUCAUUCUGGAGAAAAACCCUACAAAUGUCAAGAAUGUGGCAAAGCCUUUAACCAGUACUCAUCCCUUUCUGGACAUCAAAGAAUUCAUUCUGGAGAGAAACCCUACAAAUGUCAACAAUGUGGAAAAGCGUUUAACUGGUACUCAACCCUUUCUGUACAUCAAAGAAUUCAUUCUGGAGAGAAACCCUACAAGUGUCAAGAAUGUGGCAAAGCCUUUAACCAAUACUCAACCCUUUCUGGACAUCAAAGAAUUCAUUCUGGAGAGAAACCCUACAAAUGUCAACAAUGUGGCAAAGCCUUUAAUCAGUAUGUAAACCUUUCUAGACAUCAAAGAAUUCAUUCUGGAGAGAAACCUUAUAAAUACAGUGUGGCAAACCCUUUAACUGACGUUUAAACCGAGGUUUAAAGUAAAUCACACAAGAGAGAAACCUUCCAAAUAUGAAGCAUGUGGAGGUACCUUUACCUGGUGUUGGUAAGUUGCUAAGCCUAUCUGAAUUCAUGCUGGAGACAAAUCCCACAGGUAUGAACAGUGUGAUAAAGCCAUGAACCAGAGGUCAAACCUCACUACACAUAAGAAAAUUCAUACUAGAGAGUAAUCUUACAAAUGUGAAUAAUGUGGCAAAGGUGUCGGCUGUCUUCAGCCCUUAGUAACCAAAACAGAAAUCAUACCAGAGAAAACUCAUAACAAUGUGAAGAUGUGACAAAGCCUUGUGCCAGUAGUCACAGUUUUCUGUACACAAUAGAAUACAAGUUGAAGAGGAACUCUACAAAUGUGAAGAACUUGACAAAUGUUUAACUUGUGCUCAAACCAUUCUAUAAAUGAAAAAUUUGUAAUAGAAACCCCCUAGAAAUGUGAAGAAAGUGUCAAAUCCUAUAACCAGUACUCACACAUUUCAGUACAUAACAGAAUUCAUAGAGAAAUUCUAUAUAUGUGAAUAGUGUGACAAUAUUUUAAAUAUUUCACACUUUCCACUUUUAAUUCAUAUGGAAGCAAUACUCUACAAAUGGCAAUCAUGUCUCAAAGCCUUAAAGUUGUGUUUAUCCUGUUAGGUAGGGCUGAGAAGAGACAGGGUCAGGUGAUACUAGAAGAUCCUUUGUCCAUAGUGAGAGGAAGAUAUUGACCAGAGGGGACUUCCAAGGUAGAAAAGGUGACAUUUCAAGAAGGCUUCCAAAAACUCAACAGAUGUUUGCUCUACAAAAAUGAGUCUCAGAGGUAGAGAGGCCACAAUAAGGGGUCUUUGGAGCAUGUACACGAGUAAGGGGACAGUAAGCUGAAGUGACACAUUUUCUUUAACAUAGUACAGUUUAGGGCGGCGCCUGUGGCUCAGUCGGUAAGGUGCCGGCCCCAUAUACCAAGGGUGGCGGGUUCAAACCCGGCCCCGGCCAAACUGCAACCAAAAAAUAGCCGGGCGUUGUGGCGGGCGCCUGUAGUCCCAGCUACUCGGGAGGCUGAGGCAAGAGAAUCGCUUAAGCCCAGGAGUUGGAGGUUGCUGUGAGCUGUGUGAGGCCACGGCACUCUACCCCGAGGGCCAUAAAGUGAGACUCUGUCUCUACAAAAAAAAAAAAAACAUAGUACAGUUUAUACCAGGUCUAUCACAACUUACAAAUACAAUGACAACUUAUGGACAUUGAUUACAGGAAUAGAAAUGGGAGGACUCUCCAUUCCAGAAAGUGUUCCCCUUUUCCAGGAAAAAUCAUAAAUAUUUUAUCCUCACACCAGUUAACAUAGAAUUGGAAAAUCAGCUUUAAGGGGAAACAUCUAAGUAAACUAGGGUCUUCUCCACUUGAAAAUGUAGAUACAUUCCUUCUCUGAAGCGUGCUGUCCAUUAAUAAACUUUGACAUUUUGCACACUUGUACCUACUUGUUCUGCUCAUUUGUCCCACUGUCUUGGUACCAGUAACCAUUCUUUGGCACCUGGAACCAAAAAGCAGGGAACACAUACCUGACGUCUGGUUCCCAAAUGUGACAUUUUGGUGUCAAAGUCUGAGAAGAAAAUAUACGUUUUCACCAAGAUAAGCUACUGGAACAAUAGACGUUUGGAAUUCACUCUGCCUGCUGCAUGUUACUGAUGACCUCCACAGCUCUGUCACUGUCUUCACUUUCUAGGUUAUGCAGCUUUUUAUCUACCUCUGCUGCUUCUCCAUUUUUCUUCUUCCUCUCCGCAAUGCAUUUCAUCUCCCACUUUGAUAUUCAAAUGCUUGCUGCAGGAUUUCAGCCGCAACCUCUACUCCAAGUCUUCCAUGCUCUUCUUUGGGAAUGCAUUCAUCCUGUCAGCCAUCCCCAUCUGCUUAUAUUAGUGAAUAUGCCAUAUGGAUUUUAUUCAGUCUGCUGUUCUGUAUAGUGCAAUGACCCUAGUGAGCACAUAUUUGGUAGCCUUCGCAUACAAGAAUGUAAAAUUUGUUCUCAAGCAUAAAGUAGGACAAAAGAGAAAGGAAAUUGUUUCCAAAAAAAUGACUAGAAAACUUUCUGAAGCUGAUAAUAGAAAGGUGUCUCAGAAGGAAAAAGAUGAAAGAAUCUCGUGGAAGAAGAAUGAAGUUGUCAACUAUGAAGCUGCAACAUUUUCCAUCUUUUAUAAUAACACUGUUUCUGGUCUUGGUCAUUGUUGCUUCUUUCUUUAUACUGAAGAACUUCAACCCCACAGUGAACUACCUUUUGUUCUUAAGUGCUUCAUCAGGACUCAUCACUCUCCUGUCUACUGGCUCCAAGUAGAUU